AUGGCUACGGAGGUAACUCAAGUGGUAAUUCAUAUUGCACGUACCUCUAUUGACACACGAUUUCACUACACCAGAUCUGGUGUUUUUCACCAAAUCAUACUUGAUAAGGACAGAGCUUACAGAGGUGUUUCAGGUGAAAGGUUUGUGGUGUACUGGAUGGCGGAGAUGGAGGAGAAGAUGGUGGAGAAAGUGGUGAUUUCUAGCAGUGGAAUUGGGUAUACGAAAGAGCAUAAAUCUAAGUAUCUGGAGAAGAUUGGGCGGAAUGUGGUGGAGAUUUUCGUAUUGGAAAAAUCAAGAGAAGGAGGAGGAAGAAGGUCGAUGGUGGAUGUGUUAAAUCAAUAA